AUGGUAGGGGGUGUCAAUGACGAUGGUACACCAAUUAUAGUAGAGGUGGAUGAGUCACUUUUUGGUAAGAUGAAGUAUGGUCGUGGUCAUUCGGUGCAAGGUGUUUGGGUUGUUGGCGGUGUUGAGCGUACGCCAGAGCGCAAGCUAUUCGUUGCAACUGUCCCCUAUCGCAAUAAGGACACAUUACACACCUUGCUUACGACGUACAUCAACCCUGGCACUCAAAUCCAUACGGAUCGAUGGCGGGCUUAUAACGGUAUCGAUAAAACAUGGGAUGAAGAUGGUAACCCACUUGGGUAUACCCAUAAAAAGGUUGACCAUUCGAAGGAAUUUAAAGCUGCAGAUGGUACAUGGAGCGGCAUUAAGCGUGUUGUAUGUGCCCGUCACCGAACUGGUUCGACUAUGCCUUGGCGUCUGUUGGAAUUCAUUUGGGGGGCGCAAAAAUAA